UCAACGUAUUUGUACAACUGAUCACUAAUUUAAAGGUGUGUCUGUUAACAUACUCAGUAAUGAACAGAAUUCCUCCUCCUGGAAACUACCAAAAUAGAAAAUAUCCUGCUGCUUAUCAAUCUGUUGAUAACAGAAGACAUAGGUCAAUCAGUGAUUUAAGAGCAGUUAACACACCUAUUCCUCCAGAGGACUAUCCAUUAGAAAAAGAACAUGAAUCCUUUUACAACAAAGGAUACAGACAAAUAAAAAGCUCUCAUGUUGCGAGAACCACUGACAAAAAAACAUAUUCCACCAAGACCAGAAGGGCACCCGAACCUCCAUUAAAACCUCUUGGAAGAACAAAACCACAAAAUCAUUAUACAAAUGUCAGUUCAAGAUAUGAAGGUGAGAAGUUUGAACCCAAUGAAGAUUACCCAAUUGAAGAAAUCAGGGACUAUGAUGUUGUUUCCAAGACGAUAAACUACACAUCAAACCUCGAAAAUGUUGGUAAAGAGACCUCACAUAACGUCAAAGUGCCUUCAUCAAAGACCACAAGAGCACCAAUGCCACUGCUUCACAAUCUUAAAAGAUCAGAUUCGACUCUUUCUUUUGGAGCUAAAUCCGUCUCUAUCAACCCUAUGCGAUCAAAAGGAAAGCAAUAUGAGUAAAUUAAAGAAGACAAUUCCACCACAAGGUCAGAUUUUCCAUUACAUGAAGGAGAUAUUAAUGAUGCAGUGUUACCAUUUACGAGAGACAAUGACUCUUUGUCACAACUAGGUGCUGAAGAUUUAUAUGGCAUUUCUGCUACAAAUAAAAGAACGUCUAUUAGCAUUGGCAGUAGUGGAAGAACAUCAAUAGGAGGAACUCAUAUUAGUAUUUCUCAAACAGAGAGUCAGUUGAUAGAAAAUCUAGUUGAAACAUCCAAAGCUUAUCUGAUGCAAUAUGAAAGCCAUAAAACAUUUGUUCAAACGAGUGAAUGGUUGGAAGCUAUACAAAAAAUUGAUUAUCAUCGAAAGGUAGUACUAUCCUCAGGACAUGGAGGCGGAAAAUCAUUUUUUGGGACAGAAUUGUUACUACGAUAUUCCAAGUUGAGAGACCAAUUUAACAAGCCGAAAACACCGGUCAUACUAAGAUUCCCACGACAUUGGGAGAUGGUUGUUAAUCCCAAAGAGGACGUGAUAAUAUUGUUGGACGAUAUAUUUGGAAAAGUUAACGUUGAUUUCAAAAAGCUUAAAGAAUGGGAAAUUUUGUUCUCUGAUAUACAUACCUGUAUAAAUGAUGAGAGCUGUUCUGUAUACGUGGUAAUCACAAUAAGAGAUAAUAUUUUACGACAGGUAAAAAAAUUACUCACUAGACAUGAGCUUUUUCGAAAUAUAGAUAAUUUUCUCGUAAAUAUCUCCAUGGACAACGAAGACGACAGAAAAAUGAUACUUAAAGGAUAUUUUCCCCAUGCACUGUCAAAUGACAGAAAUAUGACGCCUAU